AGUUGCCCGGAGUUUCGAUUCGCAGCCUUCGCUCCACCGCCCGCCCAGCCGCCGAGCCGCCGCGCAGCGCCGAGAGGAGGGACCGCACGCUGCAGGAACGCGCCUUGACCCCGGGAGCCAACACUUUCAGCUGCCUCUGCCAGGCACCCCGGGAUCAACCCGCCGUUUAAGAACAUAUUUAUCUUUAACUUCUCCACUUUUUUAGGGGGAGGAAAUCUCUCUUUUUAAAAAAAGAUAAAUGUUUUGUUAGAUUCUCCCCGCCUCCCAAAAGAUCCCUAUGUAAGUGGAUCCGUGUCCUUCGAAUCCAUGUUGUUCAAGGGGACGGUGGUGUAUCUUCAAAAGAGCUGAUACCCCACAAUUUCCACCUUUUUUGACUUUAAAAAUGUUUAAUUGUUGGCUGGCACGCGGGCUUGUUUUUAAAGGGCUUACGAUGACUGACCACUGUUUCAUGAGCCUGAUUAUUUUAUUUUAAAGGUUGAGUUUGAGGAAAGAUGGUUAGCAACAUUGUGGCUUUCUUUUUGGAUUUACCGAGGAGAUUGUGACCCAAAGGAAAGGCUGGAGCUCUUCGUGGCUUGCAGGAUCUUAUUUCCAGGACCUUUGUCUCACCUGGGAAAAUUCGGAGCUCAGCCCAGGAGAAGGGAAGUUCUAAGUUUGCCUUUAGGAGACGCUGUUUGCCAGAGUUAGCCCACGGAAAGGGGAGGGAAAAAAGAUAGGCAAUGUGACAUCACAGGAAAUUAAGUGAAAUUACCGGACCAAGAGAUCCAGCUUUCAUUUCCUCAGGAACAAUUCUUGAGUCCCCUUCCCUGCGCAGAGAACUUCCUUGGACCUCAGACCGACCGCAAAGAUUGUAAUUCUUUAAAUCGUCGUUUACAGGCACUUUCCUGGAGAACGGGUCAUCCCCAGAGGACUGGUGGAACUUGAUGUGGAGGCUGGUCCUAGCACCUCAAGGUCAAAGUCUGACUUCUGGUUCAGAUGAAAACAGUAAAAUGACCUUUCGUGAGAAGCUUUUGAAUAUUGACUCAAACCUGGGGGUCCAGGAUGUGGAGUGCCUGAAGUUUCUCUGCCUAGACUUCAUCUCCCAAAAGAAACUGGAGAAGUCCAGCUCAGCCUCGGAUAUUUUUGAUCAUCUCAUGGCCGAGGAGCUGCUCAGUGAGGAAGACCCUUUCUUCCUCGCAGAACUCCUCUAUAUCAUCAAGCAGAAUUCCCUGCUGAGGCACCUCAACUACACUAGAGAGGCCGUGGAGAACUUGCUGCCUACCCGAAGGAGGGUGUCUCUGUUCAGAAACCUGCUCUACGAGAUAUCAGAAGGCAUCGACUCAGACAACUUAAGGGACAUGAUCUUCCUUCUGGGAGAAAAGAUUCCAAAAAAACCAAAGACGUCUCUGAGUUUACUGGCAUAUCUAGAACAACAAGCUGAAAUAGAUGACGAUAAUCUGAUGUUAUUGGAGAACCUCUGCAAAAGGGUUGUACCUCACCUUCUGAAAAAGAUAGAGAACUAUAGAAGAAACAAAGCAGCUGAGGAAGCGACACCAGUAGUAAACAAGGAAACUGAAUCAUCGUAUCCAGAAGAAGAAGAAAUAGUUUCUUUUUCAAGCAUUAAACAACUCUCUGAAUUCUUACCAGUAAGUUCAGUGGAGGCAGCUGUGUACAGGAUGGACCGGAAACACAGAGGCCACUGUGUCAUUGUCAACAACUACAAAUUUACCACCAUGACAGACAGACCAGGAACCCAUAAAGAUGCAGAGUGCCUGGAGCAUGUGUUCCAGUGGCUUGGGUUCACAGUGCAUAUGUAUGACGAUGUGACUGAGGAAGGCAUGGAGAAUCUCCUGCAGGAGUAUAAGAGACAUCCCGGCCAUGUUGACGCGGACUGCUUUGUGUUUUGUAUCCUAACCCAUGGGAAAUUUGGAGCUGUCUAUUCUUCAGAUGGGGUCCUUAUUCCUAUUCGGAAGAUCAUGGCGCACUUCACAGCCCAUCAGUGCCCUGGACUGGCUCACAAGCCCAAACUCUUUUUUAUCCAGGCUUGUCAAGGUGAAGAAGUGCAACCUUUCACCUCUAUUGAAGCAGAUGCUCAGAAUCCUGAUCACAUGCCCCCUCCCCUUAAGGACAGUAUUCCUGUUGAGGCAGAUUUCCUACUUGGCCUGGCCACUGUUCCUGGCUACGUAUCCUUUCGGCACGUGAUGAACGGCAGCUGGUAUAUACAGUCUCUGUGUACUCAUCUGACGCUUUUGGUUCCCAGACAUGAAGACAUCUUAUCCAUUCUCACUGUCGUCAACGAUGAUGUGAGUCAACGUGCAGACAGUCAGGGAACAAAGAAGCAGAUGCCCCAGCCCGCCUUCACACUAAGGAAAAAGCUAGUAUUCCCAGUGCCAAGAGACUCUUUUUGUUAAAGAACUUUGCAUUGACUCUAGGACUUGGAAGAAACCUUUGGUCCUGUCUUCUAACCUUUUACCUAGCACAAGAUUGGGUGACAGUAACAGGAAAUGCCCUGUUUUCUGUCACAGUUAAUUCUGGGCUUUUCGUUUUUUGUUUGUUUGUUUUUAUUGCAACUUGCAAAUCUAAAUGUUAGAAAACCUUCUUCAUUGAUGACUGAGUUGUAGACUCCGUUUUGGUUAUGUACCCUGAAGACAGAGUAAUUGGUUAGCACAUCUGUGAAAUGCAAGGUGGCACCAGGUACAGUUUAGGUUCCUUUGAGCUCUAAGAACCACUGUUCUCAGCCUAGAUCUAGCAUAGAUUUUCCUCUGUGAAAACUACCCUUAGUUGUAACUGUGUCCCCUUUGCAUGGCCUAGUACAUUGGGCAAUGAGACCAUGAAGCACCCAACCUUCCUUAGGCCUCCCCUUUCAUAAGGCUUAGCUUCUGCACACCAGUGAGGAGAGUUUGUAUGCCCAUUUCUGCGGUAGCUUAGUGAAGGUGCUCAUGCAGGAACUCGUUUGUCUUGGAGACAAGUUUGGUUCUAGGAAGGUGACGACAAUCCAUUGUAAAGAGAAACACACUUUAUAGGAGCAGAAACUUUACAACCUGAUGCCAAAUUCUGUUAGGAUGCUGUCAGCUGCUUGUGACAGAACACUCAACUGACUAAAAUUCAAGACAGGAACUUACUGCCUUUCGCCUGGAAGCCCCCAGGAAGGUAGCUCAGGCUUCAGUCACGUCUUGAACAAGGACUCAUUCUGCAGCUACUCCCUUUCUCUCGGCCAGAUGUGCUCAGGGAUACCAGCUGCACCGUGUGGACUGCAGUCAACAGCCACUGUCACUAAUACACUUUUCUCCUCUGACCCAAAGGAUGAGGAACGAGGCUCUCGCAGAGACUGGAGCUAUUCUCAGGGAUUAUUGACUGUCCUUGGCUAUAGCAAUGUCUGGCUACGCCUAGGAGGAGUGGCCCUGCAGAGAAGCCUUAUUUUUUAGGUUAAGGUUUUGAAUAUAUAUUUUGUACUUGAAUUUUUUUUUUCAGUUUUAAGAGGAAAUUUUCUCUUUAGUUCCUGGGACUGUAUUUUGAAUACUUGGUUAGACCUGGGAAGGAGAAUGAAAGUGCUAUGAUUAAGGCUCUCAUUUACAGAUGAGGAAGCUGAGGCCCAGGGAAGCUAAGAAACUUGCUCAAAGUCCUCCAGCCAGUCACUGUUUACAGGAUUUUAUUUCCCACUUACGUGAACUCGAACGCCACAGGAUGCAAAUCAUUAUGAACAUUUCCUCGGACAUGCAGAUGGCUCAGAAAACACGUCAAGAAGUGGAGAAAAAUAAUGCUUCGCGUGCGUGAUUUUAUACUGAUGUGUGUGAAUGUCAAAUUCACUUACAGCAAAAUUUCUGCAAGACGUACCCAUCAGAAUCCUGUUAUAAUGUAUUUGGUCAUUACAUGGAUUUGAAUGUA